UCGAGUCUCUCUUUGCCAUACAGUCGAUAGCGAGACUUGCCGGCUGUCGGAAGGUCGUCCCUCCUCUCUCUCCUCCUUCCCCUUGUGGCCGUUCUAUCAUGUGCUAAGCUUUACACACCAUGAUUGUUGUGACGAGGACAGCUUCUGAAUUUUACGUUAGAUAGUGAAGAGCAGGAAAACAUAGUAACCAUGAGUCGCUCAAAGAAGUAUAACAACCCCUUCGCUGGGGUUCGCUACGAGCAUCUAGUCGCUGGUGUGUCAGGAGGAGUUGCUUCCACGCUUAUUUUGCAUCCUCUGGACCUUCUCAAGAUCAGAUUUGCAGUCAGUGAUAGUUCAGCCACGGCGACGAAGCCUCAUUACACCGGACUGACUCAGGCUCUAGGUCAGAUCUUGAGACAUGAGGGGAUUAAAGGAUUGUAUAGAGGAGUCACACCCAAUGUCUGGGGUGCGGGAUCUGCGUGGGGCCUCUACUUCUUGUUUUACAACAUGAUCAAAUCGUGGUUCCAGAGUGGCAACAGCAAAGUGCACAUUGGCCCCAGCCUCCAUAUGGUAGCAGCGGCAGAGGCAGGCAUCCUAACCCUCGUAAUGACUAACCCCAUUUGGGUUGUCAAGACCAGAUUAUGUUUACAAUACACUGAUGGAACAGGCAAGGUUCUAGCAGAGUCUCAUCGGUACAAUGGGAUGGUCGAUGCAUUUGUCAAGACCUACAAGUACGAAGGAGUCAGAGGACUAUACAAGGGUUUUGUUCCUGGCGUAUUUGGAGUAUCACAUGGUGCAUUACAGUUUAUGGCUUAUGAAGAGAUGAAGGCGAAGUACAACAGGUAUCGCAAUCUCCCCAUUGAUGCAAAACUGACAACCUUGGAAUACCUUGGCUUUGCAUCGCUCUCCAAACUCUUUGCAGCUGUCACAACUUACCCAUACCAAGUUUUGCGUGCCCGCAUGCAAGACCAGCACGCCCAUUAUGACAACUUGCGCCACUGUAUCAAAGAAACAUGGAGACAUAAUGGUGUUCGUGGUUACUACAAAGGCCUUUUACCAAACAUCAUGAGAGUUGUUCCUGCAACAGCUUUGACGUUUGUUGUUUAUGAACACACAUCACACUUCCUGUUGGGUUUACGGUUACCAGAAGAGCCACAGCAGGAAGAGAAGAGUUAGGAUACCUGUUUUCUGCUCAGGAAGAUUUUUCCCUUAUUUUGGUUAUAUUUUGAUUCAACUUUUUUUUUUUUCUUCUUUCAAUUUGUUCAUAAGAUACUGCCUGAGAAUCCUGAGGUCAACUCAAAAGAAUGUUCAAUUGAUUUUGAAGUCACACAUACUUUGGAGAUAGAUCUAUAUGAUGUCAAUGUUGUAAAGAGAAAUAUGGAUUCCAAGAGAAUAAAAGGAAUUCAAAAUAUUCAAUUACUGCAUACGUAGAUGUCACCAUUUGCUGGGCAUGUAGUUAUCAAGGCGCUAGUCUUCCAUAUUGUCAGCAUGAGCACUUAAUAUAAGCUGUUUUCUCUUGCACUGCUUUUUAAGAAAUUGCUGUGUAAAUGUCAUAUAGUAAAUGUCUUUAUAAAAAAUUAAUUUGCAAGAUCUUAUAAGCUUGAAUUAAAAUGAGAUACAAAGCUAUCAUAUAUAAUGGAUUCUCAUACCCUGUUAACCAGAUAGUGAAGGUAACGGUCAAAGGAACCUCAAUUAUGCAUUUGUUUUAGUUGCUGUGAUGUUCAUGUUAGUAUUAAGUCUUGCCUUACUUAAUGUGUGAAGGGGGUUGAUGGGAAAGAAUCAGUUAACCAAACCAUUUCUUUGUAUCGGAAUAUGUGAUUGUUUUUAUUUGUAUAACAUUUAAAAAGAUGCUUAUCAUUGUAAAAUUGUUCCUCAGUACAGUAUUUUAAAGCCAGAAAUACUAAAGACCUAUUUUUCUCUCUUUUUAUGUAGAUUGCUAUGUUCACUUUGAGAUUUGUUCAGUGGGUUCUUCAUUGGCAGUAUUUAUACACAAACUGAAAAAUCAAACAUAUUAUCAAGAGUAGGUGGUACAAAUACUUUGUUGUGAUUAUGUUGUAAUGAAAUCUACAUACAUUGCUGACUAUGUUCUUAACACAAAUGUAAGGUGCCGAUGAGCUGUUAUCACCAUCUAUAAUCUAUGCUAUGCAGUUUGGUUUUCUAUACAGGCAGCAAACAGAGGUUUGAAAUUUUACUUAGAUGUAGAUAUAAUGUAUUUGCUCAUUCCAGAAUUUAAAUGCAAUUUCAAUCUUUAUCUUUAGUUAACAUGACUACCUAAUUACAGGCUUCUAUUCCUGACACAAGGGAAAAGAUGUAUCAACAGGUUAAGAGCAAAUUGUUUUUAGUUUUAAUACAAGUAUUUACUCUUAAUUCUUCAUUUCAUUUUUUUUCUCCUUUUUUUGUAGAUAGAUUGGAAUGAUCAGAAUAAAGUAUGAUAAAUAAAAAUGCUAACAUUUCAUUUUUGGGAAAUCUAACUUAAUCGCAUUAAUAUUUUCAUGUUAUUACAGUAUCUUGUUAUAAGGUAUUGAUAAAAAAUUGUAACUUAUGUCCAGAUGCCCUUGUGUGAUAAGAAAAUUUUGUAUCCCUUGUUAACUGUCUAGUCAGUCAAUUACUUGUGUAGAUAGAAAGCCCAUUUGUAUGUAUAUAUAUUGAAGAAGAGCAAUGAA